AUGAAGGAACUCGUGCACGACACGAUAUUUAGUCACUGUCUGCGGUUUUUCACGGGUGGCCGUGUUUUUAAAUACCCGGAAGAGGUUGAUUCCUCAAUAUGGAGGAAAUAUAUGAACGCUGAGAAAACAUCCAAUAUUGCCCUGCAUGGACAGACGAGCUCAACGGAGCGGGCUUCCGAGCCUGGGAUCUCUGAAGGUCAAGAUGAGUUGCCAGAUUCUCCUGUAUCCUCAGCUACGGAAAUGGGACAUGAUACCGUCAUCAACGGUGACCCCAUUCGCCGGGUUGACCCCGAAAAGGCGCCGGAUUACUACAUCGUCGACUGGUACGGGCCAAACGAUCCAGAGAAUCCCCGCAACUGGUCCCGCCCCAAGAAAUUCUUCGUCACCUUCGAAAUCUGUUUCCUAACUUUCAGUGUCUACAUAGGCUCCGCCAUCUACACGGCGGGCCUGCUCGACGUAGUCCAACACUUCGCCGUCUCUCGUGUAGCUGCCACCCUAGGCCUGACGCUCUUUGUCGUCGGCUACGGUGUCGGUCCCAUGAUCUGGGCGCCCCUUUCCGAAAUGCCGCAGACGGGGCGGAACCCAAUUUACAUUCUCACACUGCUGCUCUUCGUGGUGCUGCAGGUCCCGACGGCGCUGGCCACCAAUUUUGGCAUGUUGCUUGCUUUUCGCUUCAUUACGGGGUUCGUGGGAAGUCCCUCGUUGGCCACGGGCGGUGCGAGUAUUGGGGAUAUGUACAGCCCGUCCAAGCGGACUUAUGGGCUGGCCGUGUGGGGUAUUGGUGCUGUGUGUGGACCGACACUGGGUCCGCUGGUGGGUGGCUUCGCUGCACAGGCGAAGGGCUGGCGGUGGCCGAUUUGGGAGCUGAUGUGGUUAUCUGGCGGGACACUCGUUGUCCUCAUCUUUUUCCUCCCCGAGACGUCGUCGGCGAACAUACUAUACCGCCGCACUCGCCGCCUGCGGAAAAUGACUGGAAAUGACCAGUUGGUCUGUGAACCGGAACUUGCCAGUAUGGAGAUGACAGGCAAAGAUAUCGUUCAGAUGACACUCGUCCGCCCUUUCACCCUUCUCUUCGCCGAGCCCAUCGUUUUGGCACUGGAUCUGUACAUCGCCCUAACUUACGGCCUGUUGUACAUAUGGUUCGAAUCCUUCCCUGUCGUCUUCAUGGGUAUCUACGGCUUCAACCUUGGACUAGAAGGAUUGGCGUUUCUAGGUAUCCUGAUUGGUGUCUUCGUCACGCUGCCGCCGUUUAUAUGGUAUCAGCACAAGUAUGUCGAACCGAAGUUCAACGAGAAUGGCGAGAUCAAACCCGAGUACCGCCUGCCGCCGAGCUUUGUGGGGGCAUUUGCGAUUCCGAUUUGCCUGUUUUGCUUUGGGUGGACCAGUCGGUCGGAGAUUCACUGGAUUGUACCGAUCAUUGGGACGGUAUUUUUCAGUGUGGGGGCAUUUUGUCUAUUCAACAGUGUGAUGAAUUAUUUGAGUGAUGCGUAUCCAGGUCACAUUGCGAGUGUGCUGGCGGGGAAUGAUCUGCUGAGGAGUGCGGUUGGUGCUGGGUUUCCCCUGUUUGCAUCGAGCAUGUACGAGAAAUUGGGCGUCGAUUGGGCGAGCUCAACACUGGCGUUCAUCUCUGUUGCAUUUAUCCCGAUUCCAUUCGUACUAUACAAGUACGGCGAGUGGCUGAGGCAUAAGAGUAAGCACGCUCGGCACGACUUAUGA